AAUCCAUUGUAACGUUUGACGGAGAAGGCAGUAUGAACGCAGCAGUGGUGAACGGUUUGGGCUCAUUCAUACUAUCACUGAUUGAGAGAGUAAGCGAGUAGCAUCCACUCUCUCCUUUUUCUUUCUUCUUCUUUUCUUCUUCUUAUUCUUAUUAUUACUGUUAUUACCUUUUUUUCCAUUUCCCCCUUCAUUCAAAUUUAGGGUUUCCAAUUCCCACAAUUUAGGGUUUUCAUGUUCUUCGAAUCUCAAUUUUUCAUGUCUUAUGAAUCGACAUGUUCUCUCUUUUCUCCGAACCCUUCCUCCUCGCCGUCGCAGUAACCGCCCUGUGUUUCUUCCUCGCGCUCUUCUCUCUCUUUCGGCCGUUUUCCUUUCGGUUUUCUUUCGCAAGAUUCACGCCGCCGUUCAACCACUGUGCUUCGUCCGAUUCUGAAGAUUCUGUGCCUUACUUGAACGGAAGUGUUAACGGAAGUGUUGCGGAUAUGAUGGAGAUCAGUCCUUCUCCUGCGCCGGUUGUGUUGGCUGAUCGUCGUACUGGUUCGUCUAUGAUGGAGGAGCUUGUUCCAGAGAUUACGACGCACGCGCUUAGUUAUUUGGAUUAUCCGAGUUUGUGUCGGCUUUCGAUGACUAAUUCUUUGAUGCGGAAGGCUGCUAAUGAUGAUAAUGCCUGGAAAGCGCUUUAUCACAAGGAUUUCACAUUGGAACAAGGUAGCGUCAGACCAAGAAAUGGGUGGAAGGCUUACUAUGCUGCCACAAGAGCAAUUGUGAUUGUUAAUACAGAAUUUUUCAAUAUCAUAAGAGACAAAUCCAUUCAGGCAAUGAGACGUUUUUGGCUUAAUGCAGAUUACGUGAAAUGCAUCCAUGCCUCAGGAGAACUUUUUUCGGGGUAUAAUGGAGUAAUGCGGGGCUGGCAACUUGUUUUCAACUGGGAGCAAGGAUUGAACUUUCAGGUUCGGGAUGUACGAGCUCGAGUCUUGACUGACAUGGCUUGGGUUACUAUGAAAACAUAUGUUGACAUGGAUACUGUGCCGUUCUAUGUAACCAAUGUGUUUGAGUUCCAUAAUGGACGGUGGUAUAUGGUUCAUCAUCACAGUUCUGUGAUGAAUGGGGAUGUAGAUCAACAAAUUAUGCAUGGAUAAUAAUAGUGAGAGAUAAUAUGUUAUUAUGUCUGAUACUGGUUCCAGAAAAGGUUUAUUUGCAGAAGCAAGAUGCUUGAAAUUAUUUUCGUAAUUGGAAGUUUUGUUGAGUUUUGAAUA